AUGCUGUCCACCAUUCAGCUACCGGACGUCAAAAUCCCAGGCAUCGAGAAGAACACCACUUUGGCUGACUGGAUCGCUCGGAGAAACAUCCACUUUAAUUCUAGACUCAAUAUCGGUUCCAGUACUUUGGGAGGCAUAGGUCUCUUUUUCAAUGGAAAAGACCUUGAGAUUCCGGAACAUGAGGAAGAUUUGGAAAUCUUGCGUAUCCCCAAUGGCGUAGCUUUAGACUAUAUGAACUUGCUCGGACUUUUGCACAGUUUGAAACUCAGAGAUAAAAACUACGACGACAUCCCAAUAAAGGAAUCGGACUUGAUUGUCAAUAUUCUAAACGGCUUGGAGCCGAGUACUGAGACCCAGGUGCUCUGUUGCUAUAUAACAUCGUUAACGAUCUUGAGAGAGUUGAGGAAGGGCCGGAAGCUUCGCUACUACAAGACUUCCCCCUUAAUAGGAUACGAUGUCUAUUUAGAUAUACUUCUCGGAACAUGGACUUUAGAUUUUCCCAAGGAACCGAAUCAGGACGACGAUGAGUUCAUCUUGUCAUAUAUAAAGGCCUCACGCAAUGUCCAGUUUGAGUAUGAUUCGUUGAUAGAGCAGUUGAAUGUCUUAUAUAGCGAUUCCAAAAUCAAAUUUGAUGAGAUCUUCCUGUUCGAAACUUUUUUCAAGAUUACUCAAGCUGUGAAGUCUAGAACUUUGGAAAUUCCGCAUGAUGCUGACGGAGAAAGCAGAUCCAUGAGAUCAAGAAACUCAAUUUCCAACGUCAAUGGACACGAUUUCUACAUCAACGUCACGUUGGUGCCGAUCUUGGAUUUUGCCAAUCAUUCUCACGACAACAACUCGUACUUUGACGUAGAAAGGAAAACAGGAGACAUUUUGCUCAGGCUAAGAAAGGAUGGAGUCCAAAAUGUAGAGAGGUUCGAAAUCACUAUCAAUUAUUCCCCUAUAGAAAGUAUCCAGAACUUCAUCCAGACAUAUGGCUUUAUUCCGCUGUUAACUCAUUGCGAGCAUGUUCAUUAUCAGCUUUUUGAGUUGAAGUUCUCUGAAAUUGAUGACUAUAUUGAAAACGGAACGUUGAUGUGCAAAUGGUUGCGGACUCUACCACAGAUCCAGAUCGUUUCAGGCAGCGAUGGCGAAGUGUAUCUCAAUUUCUUCAACAACAACUUCCCGUUCUUAUUUAUAGAAGGGCUUGAAUACAACAGGGACUGGAAUAGCGAGGCUGUGGAGAACUUCAGAGAAUUCAACAUGGUAGACAACUCUGAAGACAUUGACGAUGAUGAGAUAGUAACCAUUCUUGAGUUCCAACAACAGAGAUACGACGUGAUCAACGGUGUGCAAGCUAUUGGAUUGAAGUACAAGGGAAAAGCUAUUAAAGACUUGAGUACAAUCUUGGAACAUACUGGCUAUGGCGACGUUGAAGAUUUUGAAAAGCUCGUCCAUUCUACAAUCGAGUUUGUCAUCAAGUAUGCCGAAGAUGCCAUCAAACAAACCCCAAGAACAGAAUCUCGUAACAACUUCGACGACGUUGUUAACGAAUACAACAGACUCAAAAUAAGGUAUCUAACGUUGCUUAUAGAGAAGUUUAAAAAAGACCCUAGACUGUUGAUCUUGCCUGGCGAUAUAGCUGACGAAGAAUGGGAGCUUAAUUACCGGUCCGUUCCAAGAGAACUACCUCUUGAAUAGAAAAGCUAGGCUGAUCGAACAAGAGUGAGAUUAGUGUAGUAAGUAUACAAAUUCUAGUACGAGUCUAACAUUUUAAUUCUCCGAAUCCAUAUUACUCUGCAGCAGUAGUCAUCUAAAUGCAUAUGCGCAUUCCUGAUACUGGAAGUCUUAGAAACAAUUUCUAGCAAACAGCAAAUACGGCUGGAAUAGUCACCAAUAGUUACGGUGCUUUUUGCUACUCACCUCUGUCUAUACAGUCACCAUAUUUAUCUAAUCCAUCAGAUCAUGUUCCCAUCGAGAGAGAUGCAUAAGGAACAACUUUUUGAAAAAGAAAUAAAUGACUCAAACAGAAGCAAUAAAUGACCGGCCUGGAAGUUUCCAGAAACACGGCUACUAA